AAAGAAAACAAAUUGCUCCAGCUUCGGCGCUCAACAGUCACGCACGACAUACCGAAACACGUUGCAUCGACUUGCGACUGUAAUUGAUCGGUUCAGCUGGUUUCGCAUAGAGGGCCUCAUUCGGCUGUGCGGGCGACGAGACAGUCAGGGGUUUGCAUCGUUGCAAUCCUUUCUUGGGCUGGAGUCUGUUCGUAUAACUGAAAGGUUGACUUCAUCACACUGCCUCUAUUGCCCGAGUAGCAUCUGCCAGGGUCCCUGAAGAACAACUAUCUGUGCGCGUCUUCGGCAUAUUCGCUCGUAUCUGCGCUCGUAUCUGCUCUCGUAUGUAGUUGAACAACACCAAUCGAGGACACUAUCUUCACAAAAAGUCAGCUUCCGUGCUGCCACUUCAGCCUUCAUUUUCUUCACGAUCCCAUAUGUCACUUCUUUCCCUGUCGCAAAUACUCUCCAUCUCGCUAUACAAAUGUCAAGCGUCAAAACCAUCGGGCAAGCCCUCUUGCCAUUGUGCCUUCUGCACACCGCGACAGCCGACAAUGUCAAACUGGACUCAACACGCGUAAACUCCGGUCCGCUGACGAAGACGUUCACACCUCCUUCGACUUGUCUGGAAGAAUUCAUAACCACAACUAGUGGUCCCUUCACUGAGCUGAGGCUUGGAUGCCAAGGGCCUGCUGGCGACGAGUGCUGUCCGACGGGAUGGGCAUCAAACCGCUAUUUUAGCCCCGGCGUCUGUCCACUCGGCUACCAGGCCUGCACGCUGCCGACGACGACACAAAGGGACGAGACGACCAACCUGUGCUGCCCUUCCGGCUUCGACUGCGUAACGGACCUCCAUUAUGCUACAUGCCACAGCCUGCUCCAAACGCCGGAGCCGUUCCCGUACAGCUGGAAUGGUACCACCGGAACAUUAACAGUUACUUGGGUUACCGCAACCGCAAUCCAAAUCAGGUUCAAGGCGUCAGACAGCGACAUCGUUCCCAUUCCGACGGCGUCAUUCAGCCUACCGGGCAAACCGAUGAGCAUGGGAGUCAAAGCUGGAAUCGGGGUCGGGGCCACCGUCGGUACCAUAGCUCUCCUUGUGGGACUAUGCUGUGGGAUUCGCAAGUAUAGAUCUCGACGACAGCGGGCUGGUGGCAUGAUUUCAUCAACACAGGGCCCGUCGCUGCUGGACAGUCCCUCCGAAGUCCCGCUUGGAACGUACCCCGACGACAACCAGGCUCCUCCGCUCUAUACAAGAAAAUAGUUCUUUCAGCAAGUCGAAGACACGAUGCCCUCCCUGAGCCCAAAGGUCCGACACAAAGGCGGGCUAACACAAAGAAGAGCAGCAGGAGAGGGCAACGCCAAUCUACAGCAAGAAACCAACGUUGGAACUUGUUAAUGCCGCCAAACUUGGCUCCUCUCGGGUCUUCGCCAGCCGGGAGCUGGUCAUACGGACUGAUUCGGGUUUUAUCAAGUCCCAUCAACCCCCUAUCACGGCGAGCCCAAGACCGCUUCACACAUAUACCCGGCGUCUGCGAGCUUGGACUCGACUUUGCCGGUUUUCCGAUAUGAAUCGGUUUGCGGGCUCGAUUUCGUAGACCUGGGGAGUGAUCAUGCUGAGAGCGCGUGAACUGCUGUGGUGUCGCC